AUGACCGCCUUGGUUGCAUUCUCGAUGGCGAGAUCGGGCUUGGUGAGCACACCUAAGGUAGUCUAUUGUAAGAAAAGUGUUGGGGGAUACAAGGAACAUCAGGUAUAUAAAGCUGACGUCGCCUCCGCAGGUGCUCAGGUAUGUUUACCAGGAUUCCAAAGCUCACAUGUCCUGCUCCAGAUGCAGUCACCGAACAAGUUCUCGACCCGCAUCUACCAGUUUGGCCUUAUGGUAGCCGAUCCAUCUGGCUACUCACCGUCGUCAGAAGAAGCACUCCCAAGGUUGAAGAACCCAAACCUGCUGCUAGCGCUUGGCCCGCGAAUCCCAUUACACGCGAAUCGCCGCCUGCUGCGCGAAGUAGGCGCAACGGCUGACUUAAGCAAAUACCAUGUCAUCACUCUGGUCCAUAUCCAAACGGCUAUAUGGGAUAGCGAUGGGUUUACCCCUGCGGUACCCCAAGGAAGAAAGCAAAAGGGAACAUGA